UACAUUCCAGCACCCAUCAUCUUUGGAAUGCUUCUGGACAAUGUGUGCCAGGUGCGGGCCACUCCAAGAGACUCCAACAUCUGCCAGUCCUCCCUGACCAAGAAUCUGAAGUUGCCCUCGCUGGUGGCCAUUAAGGGAGCCUGCCUGGAGUACAAUGUGCACACACUGCCCUACGCGUGGUGUGGUGGUGUGGUCUUCUUCAAACUCAUUAGCAUAAUCUCUGUAUACUGCACAUGGCGUGUCUCAAAGUGA